UUGAAAGGUCGGUACCCAAAACUUUUUCAUUAGUCAAAAAUGAAAACAAAACCUCGAGCAAAAAUGUCAUUAUUUAUUAAAACAAUUACAUAUGAUUAACAGAUGACUGGGAAUUUGAUAUGUUAAAACCAAAUAAGACUUAAAGAAAUAUAAAAUCUAGGCAAGUCAUUCUCAAAUACAAGUGUUUUCUUCAAUUUUUCAAGCCCAAAAUGCAAUCACUUUCAUUAUUGAUUUGAUAUCUCAACAUCACCAUUAUGUCAUUUUAAAUGCCAAUUUGAGAGGCACCCACUCUGGUGCUAUAUUCAAUGUGCCUGGUUGGGAGGCAUUUAGCUCCUGUUUUCUCUUGACCUUUCUGCUUUAUUUAUUUCUUUGAUGUGUGGAAGCAUCUCUCUUCUACAUCCCGUUCGGAUCAGCACUUCCAUGGCAUCCUUAAUAAUUGCUUUGCUUCUAUCCUUGUCAUCAAAUGCUUUAAAACUUGAUACCAAGAUAAGACAGAGAUAUACAUUCAUCAGCAAAUCCUGCUUCAUCACCAUAUCCUUCCUUUGGUCCAUACUUAGAGAACUACUUCUACUUACUUAUAUAUCAGUCUCAGUAAAUUUCAACCUUCUUCAGUUACCACUCCAGCAGAAUCUCCACCUCUCUAAUUCCAUUCCCUCCAAAAAAUGCCCUUCACAAGAUGAUAAAGUGAACCAUUUUCCCCUUUUCUUUAUGAAAUAUAUAAAAAUUUAGAGACUCGUGAAUAGGUUCUUGAAAGUAAUAUACGAUGACUACAAUAUUCCUUGGUUUUCAUUUUUGGUACACAAUGAAAGUGUUAUGCGGAUAUGAACAAACUUGUAGUUUUCCAAUCAGUAGGAACACUUGAAAGAAAAGUUUACUUUUUAGAGUUGGUCUGGUAUGAGAUAUGACUUUUGAAACUGGGGCAUCCGUGAUUUAAUAUCUCUAUUUGAAAAAUGGCUGAUCUGUUCAACAUAUCUGAAGUAGAGAGAAUUGCUUCUAUUCUAUAGAAUUAUUUGUUGUUUAUUUCAACUAAUUUGAACUGUAUAUAUGAAACUAAUUGAUAAGACAAGUCUAAUGCUCAAAAUUCUGAGUCAGCAUUCCAACACCACAAUUAUUUUAUCUCAUAGAAGCUUCAGCAUCAAAGCUGCUUUCAAUUACACCCCAAUGUGGGGAAGCUGAGCUUUUUUAAUCUGAUGUUUCUUUGGAACAGAAAGAUUCUGAGAAUAAGCACAAGUGGUUCCCAAUGCACUUAUCCUACUGUACAUACACACUGCCCACUACAUCAAGACACCCACAUUGAUCCUCUUGCUUACAGAAAUAAACCAAUUUAAAAUCAGACACCCCCAACUCCACUGUCCUGCUUUUUUAUCACCAUUAUUGUCAGUUCCCUUGGGCAGUUGGGCCCUCCAAACCCCCUUAAUAAUUCUCUACGUUAUCAUAACUAAAGGAUUGCCUAAUGGCUUCUCUGCUUCCAUAGUUUUAGCAAACUUAACAUCACUAACCUGAUUUAGCAUCAGACCAUUUAUUUUUACAGAUGACAUUUGACUGUCAACUUUGUAUCCACAUAUCUUAAUCUAGUUAUUUUUAAAUUCAAGUUUCUUUCAGAAAUUUGCGAUUUGGUUUCUAUUUGCCGGUCGCCAUUUCGACCCUUGGCUAUUUAGAACCAACAAAAUAUAGUGAGUUCAGAGUCAUGAUGCGGAUAGCAAUCAUUGAAUGCCAUGCCCACCUCUUUUUACUGCCAAAAUGUUAAGUUUUCUGAAUCAAUAAAUACCCAAAAAACACGUGUUGUUUUUGAACCUUGAUGUAAAAUAGGAUCCUUCGCCUAAUGUUUUCAACCAUCUUAACAAAAUUUCUACCAGACGUAACUAAGCAGACCUAACCUUCGCCAAAACCAAUAAAAAAUUGCAUCUGCGUUGUACAUGCAUGAGGUGAUCCAUAAUUUGCCAUGUUCUGCAAAAGAGAUUGAAAAUUAUGGCAUGGAGUAAACAGGAUAUAGAGCAUGUGAUGCUUGGGACCAUGUUAGUCAGAUGAAAGUCGGUUACUUGGAUACAAUUUGGACUUUGAAUUGAAGUUGGACAAGCUACUUUUUACCAAUUGAUAUUAAGUAGAAUUAAGUUUAAUACAUAUUUAGAAACAUGGUAAAGGAGCCAUAACCCUUUACCCUAAUUUUCUGUCUUAAAUGGAAGUGUUUUCUUUUAAUUAUCACUUUCUAAAAGUAUUUUCAAGGAGUCGACUUAUUCAAACGGCUUAAUUGUGGGUUAAACUAGUGCUGUCUUUAUGUUACACAAUCCGACUACAUACAAAUGCAAACAUUUUCAGUCAUUCAGAGUACUUCAUACAAUACAUACAAAGGUUGAGUUCCUGUUAUUGAUUCAUCCAACAAGGAGAAUCAUGUAAUUGAUGCAAUAGGUGUUAAAAAAGGUGAUAAAGAUUAGCAUGGAAUCCUAAGCUUGAUAUGGCCAACACUAAUAGUUGAUGUAUGCAUUGCCCACAUGAAAUGUUGAAAGGUCAUCAGAUUGGAAACCCCCAGAUAAAAGGGAUCUAAAUUUAAUAAUAUCUACUGCCACUUCCCUCCCCACCUGAGACCUCUCUAAAUUUCCAUUAAAUUCCUCCUUUAUCUAUUCCUCCUAUUUAACCACACAGCUCUACAAUAUCUUGAAGCCCCACUAUAUCAAAAACUUACUAUAUUCAAACCUAUCUGAGUUGUGAAUAUAUCUUUGUGUUAUGACUUUCCGGACGGAUGAAGAAAUAAAUGAGACAUCACUCAACAACCAAGAUGCUGAAUUGAAAACCGGAGGUGACAACAACGAAACAGGAGCUGGAGAUGAUAACUUGGGGGAUUUGUUGAGUUUAGGGCUCAACAGAAAUGAGCCUGCAACAGCUGGAGAAUGUGAUUCUCAAUCAAAGCCUGCCAGCAACAAGGUUUUCUCAUGCAACUUUUGCAUGAGAAAGUUUUAUAGUUCUCAGGCCUUGGGUGGUCACCAGAAUGCACACAAGAGGGAAAGAGGAGCUGCUAAAAGGUUCCAGUCUCACAAAAUGAUGAUCACAACAAUGAGGUUUCCCUUCAAUUCUAUUGCGGUUCGAUCACUAGGGGUCCAGCCUCAUUCUCUUGUUCACAAGCCUGUCAGAGAAGGGUCUGCAAUGGUAGCAACAUUUGGAAGUGGUUCCAGUCCAGGGUUUGGGAUGGCUUGGACACCCUUUAUGCUUGAAGAAUCAACGGAUUUGAUCUGGCCAGGAAGCUUCCGCCUUGAUAAAUUGCCACAGCAAGAACCUGAUCUGCAAAAGCUUGACUUAAAUCUUCGAUUGUAGAAGUGCCAUCUAACUGUUCUAUCUCACUUUGUGAAUUUUGCUUUUUUUUUUUUUGUUCUUUUCCUUAAAAUCUAAAGGCUUUGUUAUUUUUGUGUAAUAUGUCUCGUAUGCCCUUCUUUUGUCUAAUAAUCACUAUACUAAUUUUGUUCAAAAUGGACUGCCUGCUUCUACUUAUAUCUGCCAAACUUGAUUUUCAUUUUGAGAUAAUCUUUCUCAAUCAUGAAAAAAACAAAUUCAUCAUUUUAUUUAUGAUUA